AUGCUAGUUAGAACUAUCAUAACAGAAGCCUACGCCUUCACUGCAGCCAUAACUUCACCUACACCCGCAACUCGCAUCAAUAUUACCGGAGGGGAGCGAGCACCUAAUCUUCAUGUCAGUACAUUAUUGCGCAUGACAUACUCAGCAGUGAAGGCGAUGAGGAAGUGCUCAGAGAGAAGAUUGUAA